AUGUCUCCAAUCUCUUGUGUCUUUACCCUGUCAGCCUUCAGCCGGGAGUCCUUGAUGGAUGUCAGGUGGUUUUUGGAUGGUUUGCCCAAAACUACUGGCUUGUGCGCCCACUGGCAUUCCAUCUUAAAGAUGGGCUCUACCAAGCAGGCCAUGUUCCUCGACCGGAUUUUCCACCUUCAUGAUAUUCAGCGACGUCGUGCAGGGCGUGCGUGUGUCACACGAUUGUCGCAGGAGCAGUGGGUGGCAGAGAUUGAUUCGAUCUGCGUUCAAACCUAUAUCUAUGACAACAUGGUCAUAUCCAAGGACCCAAAGGGCAAUCCUCAAUUUUCCCUGGAGACGCUGAAGAAAGUCAAGCUGGGAAUUAUGGAGGGGGACUUUGCUGAUGAUGCAGCCAACCACCUCUUGGCCAAAGACCCGAACUUCAAGCCAAGUGAUUCCAGCAUGUGGCAGGACAAUGCACCUCCGACUGACACGCUUGAUCCUACUAGCGGGGUUCCUUUGGGUGCAGCUGACGACAAACUGCAGAACCUAAGCAAGGAUGCGAGACAAAAGGCAUGGGAGCAUGACAGCCUUUCUUUGGCCAGGGAUGUAUCAGCCAUCGCAAAGAUGCACGAGAAGGUGGUCAAGAAUGAGAAGAGCCAGAGACUCCAACGCAUCGCUCAUGUUCGCAGUGAGAACAUUGUCGGUGGCUCAGUGGUCACCCACCACAUGGAGCAACAUGCCAAGCACACGGCAGGGACGGAAGGUGAUUUGAUCAAUGUCACGGAGCAGUUCAUUGCAAGCCGGAAAUCUUCAGCUGGUGCUUUGCUGGUGUGGGCUGACUUGACAAAGUUCGGCCGGCUUGGAACAUCUGAUUUGAACUAUGUUGUCAGCAUCGCCCACAAGGCCUUGUCGAAGAUGCCAGCCAAAAGCAUUGCGUUCUUCAUAGCACCGCACCUGGUAUCCGAGAAAGUGUCAGGAGGGCAAAGAGGAGAAAUCAGGCGCAUAGAGGACAAAUUCGAUUCUCGUUCGAUGCUGAACUACCUUAUCUCAAUCAGAAUGGAAUGCCCACCGGCGACGAAGCGUGUCUCCCUGCACAUGUUGGGCUGGGCCGUGAUGCUGGAAACAGGUGCUGAAGACAAUGUAUUCAGAAACAGCCAACUUCUGUUGGACAGGAGCACGCGGCAAGCAGUUCCAUGGGCCUCGGAGUCAACGUACAUAGUGCCGGCUUCGGAGAAAGAUGCGCUUCCGCACGCCUCAGAGGGCCAUCGGUCACUGAGUGAAGUCCAAGAGUCAGCGCAACUGCUGACUGGAACCGACUUGCCAAACACUGUCCUGGCGAGCUUGUUUGGGAAACUGACCACAUCUUCAGCACUGGUGAUCAAUGCAACACCAUAUGAUGGCUGCCUUGAAUCCACCCUUCUCACAUGGCACCAGUUCAAUGAGAUGAAGGUCGAUUUCCUGUCGAUUUCUCGCAAUGUGACCACCUUGGAGUAUGUGGAGAAAAAGAUCGCUUUCAGCUUGCUGCAGGACUUUUGGUUUCUUUUUUGUCUAACAAAAAACUCUGAUUUUGCAGUGCUCACAUGUGUUGCAAACCAAACCCUUUCAAAUAAAAACAACUAG